CCUCGCUUCCUCAUUUCACACAGUUUUCUCUUUCAUUUUCCACUCAUGGCUUGAGCUGCAUUGUGUGGGGAAUAUAUAACAACAAAAGCAGAAAUUAUUUUUCUUCACAAAAUUUAUGAUGGUAACUGAUCAUGCUGCAGUAGGAUUAAUUAAGAUUGCAGAGAAUUUGACAAAAUAACUGAAUAUUCCCUGAAGACCUGUGACUGAGAAUGACUGUGCUGAAUUUUUGUUCCUCUUUCCCCAAAACGCAGUUUUAUUUCAUUGCAUACUGAACAACACAAGUAACUAUGUUUGGACUUCUUUUUUUAAUUUUAUUCACCCCUGGAGUAAGUGAAUUUCUUUGUAUGUCGUCAGAUUUAGAACUGUCAUAUACUUUUUGUGAUUCUAUGGCUCAUGAUUUCAUGUUUAAUCUGACACCUUGCAGCAUCGUGAACAAACCCAUCUGGAGUCUUGCUCUUACCUGGAUUCCAAGAAGUGACAUCGCCUUUUUGAAGGUCAUCUUCAGAGUCUGGUACAACGGUGCCAAAGCGUUACACUGGAAAGAAGUCCUCUGCAGUGGAGUCGACGAUGAAUAUUCAGUGUGCGGAAGGCUGAAAGGAGAAACAGUUGCAACAGCAUUUGACAUUAAAGGUGCAAGAAUAUCAUUUCCAAAGGGCAAUUAUGAUAUUGUUUUACAAGGAUUCUCUGAUGAUUCUGAAAAUAAUAUGAUUAUGUGCUUGAAUCUCACCAUGAUAGUAAAACAAGACCCUUUCUGAAUACAACAAACAUUUCAAAUAAAUCCAGAAUGUGAAGAUCACUUCUGCAAGCAACUGGAAUCUAAGCUGCGAAAUAAUAAGGACACUAAUUUCCCUGAGUUAGAAUACACCGUGUACUGCCUGGAAAGCUACACAAUGGAUACUCUUAUCCAUUUAUAGCACUGCUGUAAUCAGAUGCUCAGCAAACAUGCAAAAAAUCUCUGGGAUUUUUUUUCUCAGGCAUCCUGAAUAACAGAAUAACCCUGACUGGAUGUCAGGCUGAGGACUUCCUUUCAGUGCUGUACCUUGCAUUAUGGAAAAGCCAAGUCCUUCAGACUGCACCGAACUAAUAAAAGAAGCUUUUAAGUUUUGAAAUGCAAGAAUCAGAAGUUCGCUAGUACUCAAAAUAAAGCAGUAUUUGAAUCUAGAAAAUCCUGUUGGCUUGUGUGGUGUUGUGGCUUCUUCUUUUUUUUUUUUUCUUUUAACAAUAAAACUUGUUUGUACAAUAAAUUUGAGAAAUGUU